AUGUCCUUGGGCAGCGGUUCUCCCUUGGCGCCGAGCGUGUCUCCCCCCGCGCGGUGGGGUGGCGGGCAGCAGUGCGUGCUGCACGAGGUGACGCGCUUCGACACCCUGGCCGGCAUCGCCAUCCGCUAUGGCGCCCAGGGCCAAGCUGUGAUCCCCUCCCCGCCACCACCGCUGCUCCCCUCCCCUCCCCUCUUGCUCAUGACCCUUCCCCCUCUCUCUCACCUGCUUCCCCCUCUACCCUCACCCCUUCACGCGGGAGGCACCAUUGUUCAUUUGAAUUGGAUGGACCCUCCCUCCCCUCCCCUCCCCUCCCCUCCCCUCCCCUCUCCUCCCCUCCACCCCCCCUCUCUUUCCACGUUACCUCUCUCACUGUCUCGUGCUGUCCCUCUCGUUAUGGCACCCCCCUCCCUGCGCCCCCAUCUUGCCACCCUCGUCAACCCUCCCUCUCGCAGUUCCAGUCACGCGGGGAGCAGCCAGCAGCGCACAGAGCAGCACGGCACGGGCAGCUCGUCGCCAGCAGCCACCACCAGCGCCGCCAUGGCCAGUGGCAGCGGCAGCGGGGGCGGCGCGGGGUCGCUGUCGGAGGCCAUCCUGCAGCUGGUGUCGGCGCAGGCAGCCGCGGAGCACGCGGAGGCGCACAGCCGCAAUCUGGCGGCGGCAGAGGCGGCGGGGCGGGCGCGCGCGUCGACAUUCUUCUUCGUGCAGAUGCGCGAGGCGGAGCAGUACGUGUCGUCCGAGGGCGAGGAGCCCUCUCCCCCCUGCCAGCGCGGCACGUCCCUGUCCGAGGGCGAGGGCGACGAGGGCGGGCGGCGCCUGUCGUGGCUGGGCGGAGGGGUGGGGGGGUUCUACUCCGGCGCCCAGGGCAGAGGCGCUGGUAGAAGCACGUGGACUGGGGAAGCCAGACAGACCAGCGCACAGGAGUUUGGGUGGGGCUUGGGCGUGCAGGAGGGAGGUGGGGGAACGAGCACUUGGCGAGGGGGAUAUGGUAGCGAGGGAGAAGGGGGGUGGGCGAGUGGGGAGGAGGAGGUGGGAGGCAGAGGGGUUGGGGCGUCUAGACGACGGCGGACGGAGCAAUCAGCAAGCGGGAGUAGAGCAGGCGGGGACGGGGGACUGGGAGUGUGGGGGCUCAUGUCGUCAUCAGGGCCGCGGCUGUUCGUGCGGGGUGGGCAUGAGGGGGCAGGGUCGCGCACAGCAGCGGCGAAUCUGGGGGCGGCAGCGAGGUGGGGGGGGAGAGUGGUGGAGGAUCUGCUGUGGCGCUUCCACAAGUCCACCAGCUUCUCCACCUUCGAAAACGCCGGCCUGCUCAACGCCUCUGCUGUUGCUGGGGGCCUCACGCGCUCCCCUCUGCGCCGCGACCCCAGUGGCAGCCUGAGCGCGGGCAUCGACCUGCCCUCCACUCGCAGCUGGUCUCGCCCGUCGUCCGUCGCAGCCGCUGUGGAGGUGGGGGGCAGCGGUGAUGGGUCAGUGCUGCUGGGCUGCAGCACGCCCAUUAAAGGGGGUGAGGGUGGGGUGUGUGACGAUGGCAGCAGCACAGCGGUGGGCGGAUCUGCUGUUUACGGGAGUGUGACACGGCGAGGUGUGAGCAGCAGGCGGGGCAAGGGUGUGCCUGCUGACAUCACUGGCUGA